UCUUGAAUAUUGCAACUUAAUCCAAAACACACAAAACUCUUGUUCACAUUAAGUCCUAUAAAUUGAAGCAUACUCUUUCUAUAUCCAUAUCCAAAGAAAAGACUAAUCUGAUUCAACAGAGAAACAUGAAAACCUCAAUCUUAGCAUUUUCACUCAUUUCUUUAGCCUUCAUUUGCAAAACUAUUGCAGCACCUGAACCAGUUCUUGACAUCUCAGGCAAGAAAGUAACAACAGGUGUCAAGUACUACAUUUUACCAGUCAUAAGAGGCAACGGUGGUGGUUUAACAGUUACAAAUGUAAACAACCUCAACAGCAACAAUAGCACAUGUCCCCUUUAUGUUCUUCAAGAGAAGCUUGAAGUAAAGAAUGGUCAAGCAGUUACUUUCACACCUUAUAAUGCUAAACAAGGUGUGAUUCUAACCUCAACUGAUCUCAACAUCAAAUCCUUUGUAAAAAAAUAUACAUGUUCUCAAACACAAGUUUGGAAGCUUAAUAAAGUGUUGUCAGGGGUGUGGUUUUUGGCUACAGGGGGUGUAGAAGGUAAUCCAGGUUUUGAUACUAUUGUCAAUUGGUUUAAGAUUGAGAAAGCUGAUAAAGAUUAUGUGCUUUCUUUCUGUCCUUCAGUUUCCACAACUAAGACUUUGUGUAGGGAACUAGGGUUAUAUGUUGAUGAUACUGGGAAUAAGCACUUAGCUCUUAGUGAUCAAGUUCCAUCAUUUAGAGUUGUGUUUAAAAGGGCUUAAGUUCUAAGUGAAAUAAUACUAGAAAUGAAUAAAACUAGUCCAAAUUGUACCCUUUCUUUUGUGAAAGAUAUGAAUAACAUAAAUUGUAAAAUGGUCAUUAGUGACA